ACGAGCAUCGGCGUGCUCAUUCCGUAGCAGACUGCUGCAUCGACCGGACGCGCGUGAUCGAGAACGUUGUUGAAAAGGCAGCACGCCGAGCUACCGUUAAAAAAAAGCGACGAAACUAAUCCUAUCCGUGAAAGCACACGACGUGUAUGCAGUUUUCCAGUCGACACAGCAAUCAGCAGCGAUUGGAACACGAUCGGCAACAAGCGACGACUGACAAUUUCAAUAAUAGCAGUGACACGUCGUUGUUGUCGUCGGCGGCAUCUAUUCAAAUCGGUAGAAAAACCGAUCGAAAUUGUACGCAGUCAAUUUCGGUUCCGUUCGAUUUGAAGGGGAUACACGUAAUCGAGGAUAAAAUCGAAGGAUACGGUUCGCGAAAAAACGAAAAAAAUAUUUUUGCUCGGUCGUUUUAAUUCCAUAAAUUCCCGCUAGAGAGAAGAAAUCCUCUUGUUGCAUUUGGUGAAGCGAGACCGCCGAGUGUUUCGACGGAUUAUUUUGGAAAAAUUGUCGACGAUUGCCGAAUCCCAGGAGCUGUGCGAUUUGAACUUUCUAGAAAGACGGAGCGAGAAAGACAGAGGCUAGGUGUAGAGCUAGGUGAGAGAAAAGGAAGGAAACUUGCCGCGGGAUAGAGGGAACGAGUGUGCUCGCUCAUCGAGUGCCGGCUAUCGAGAUGGCGUUUAUGAUGCCCGUUAUGAAAAACGAGUGGGACAUUUACAAGACCAACCGCAGUCGGCGAUCUUCCGAGUGUUCCAAUCCUCAGGCCUGUCGCAGUAGAAAGGUGUCAGAAUGUUCAAAAUCGGAGGGUCCGUCGUUGUCUACCUCACCGGGAUCGGACUUCUUGACAUCGCCCGCUCAUCGUUCGGUCCCUCUCACGUCCCGCCAUUUCUCGAGGACGUCCUCGAGGGCGUCCCAGAACUCGUUGCAAAGCCCGAGCAAGAGUACCGGCUCGUCCCCACCGAAAACCGGCAGCUCCAACUCCCUGAACAAGUUUCACAACCGUUUGGUGGACAAGCUGAAAAGGUCGUUGAAGAAGGCUGAGGACACAACGGAGGAUCAGAGAAAUUUGUCGUGAAACAACCAAGGGGUUUUGGGCCGGCCACCGAUUCCCGGCUCGAAACCGAUCGAAAUAAGGCGCACCUCUGCACCCGUUACCGCGUCCGCGACUAUCUACGAGGGGGUUGUACGAUCCUGCCCGGAUCAAUCGUCUUCGGCAUGGUAGAGCACACAGAGGAACCGACAAUACGCGUAGCUGGCAACAACGACAGGAUCGGAUCAAAAUAAUCCCCCUUAUCGAAUCAUUUACGGGUAACAACAACAACAACAAACAACAAUAACAAC